AUGGUCGAAGACAAGAAGUCCGACGACUACACCGUCGACAUGAAUAAGGUCGACCAAGGGAACAAGGAGUUCGAGGCUGCGCCGCCGCCAACUCCUGCGCCCCGCGCCAGCCCCUCCAUGCCCAGCAACCCCGCGUUUCCCGUUUUGGCAUACUGCGGUUCGUCAAUCAUGAUGACCGUGAUGAACAAGUAUGUUCUGUCGGGCCUGGACUUCAAUCUGAACUUCUUAUUGCUCUGUGUUCAGUCUUUGGUCUGCAUUGUCGCAAUUCAAACAUGCAAGUCCAUGGGUCUUAUCACCUAUCGUGAUUUUAACAGCGAUGAGGCUAAAAAAUGGUUCCCCAUCACACUACUCCUCAUCGGCAUGAUUUACACUGGUUCCAAGGCCCUUCAGUUCCUCUCGAUUCCCGUGUACACCAUCUUUAAGAACUUGACCAUUAUCCUGAUCGCCUAUGGAGAGGUUCUCUGGUUUGGUGGCUCAGUCACCAGCCUCACUCUUCUCUUUUUCGGUCUGAUGGUUUUCAGCUCCCUCAUUGCCGCCUGGGCCGAUAUCAAGCACGCAGUGGAGAGCUCCGGUGACACCUCCAGCAAGGUCUCCACCUUGAAUGCCGGAUACGUCUGGAUGCUGAUCAACUGCUUGUGCACCUCGUCCUAUGUCCUGGGUAUGCGCAAGCGCAUCAAGCUGACCAACUUCAAGGAUUUCGACACCAUGUUCUACAACAACCUCCUCUCGAUUCCCGUCUUGCUUGUUCUCACUUUGCUUGUUGAGGAUUGGUCGUCUGCUAACCUCGCCCGCAACUUCCCCGAGUCCAACCGUGACGGUAUCUUCUUCGCCAUGGUUCUGUCCGGUGCCUCGUCCGUCUUCAUCUCGUACACCUCCGCAUGGUGUGUUCGCACCACCUCCUCCACCACAUACUCCAUGGUGGGUGCGCUCAACAAACUGCCCAUUGCCAUUUCGGGUCUUGUCUUCUUCGAUGCGCCAGUCACCUUCCCUAGUGUGUCCGCAAUUGCUAUCGGCUUCGUCAGCGGCCUUGUUUACGCCGUUGCCAAGAUCAAGCAAAACUCCAAGCCCAAGACUGGUGUUCUCCCCACACCGGUCAGCGCUAGCAGCCAGAGCAUGAGAGACUCGCUGCGCUCUUAA